UCUGGCCAAUGGCACAGCAUGUAGCCAAAUUUCCAGGGUAACCCACGACUCGUGUUUUAAUUUAGCCGUUUUAAACGUUUCGUACGCGUUCACAGUUUUUUAAAAACUGAUCAUUUCCUGAUCCGUGCCGGAGAUGGGAGUCCCGGCGUUUUUCCGUUGGCUCAGUCGGAAGUAUUCGUCAAUUAUUGUGCAUUGUGUUGAAGAGCGGUCCAAGGAAUGCAAUGGAGUCCGUAUUCCUGUCGACACCAGCAAGCCGAACCCUAACGAGGUGGAGUUCGACAAUUUGUACUUGGACAUGAACGGGAUCAUCCAUCCAUGCACACACCCCGAAGACAAACCUGCACCCAAAAAUGAGGAUGAGAUGAUGGUUGCCAUUUUUGAGUACAUUGAUCGUCUCUUCAAUAUCGUGCGGCCCAGGAGAGUCCUCUACAUGGCCAUCGAUGGAGUGGCUCCCCGCGCCAAAAUGAACCAGCAGCGCUCCCGGCGGUUUCGUGCUUCCAAAGAAGGGGCAGAGCUGACCGAGGAGAAACAGAGGAUGAGGGAGGAGAUCAUCCAGAGAGGAGGUUAUCUUCCACCAGAGGAGAUUAAGGAGAGGUUUGACAGCAACUGCAUCACUCCAGGAACAGAGUUCAUGGACAACCUCGCACACUGUCUUCGUUACUACGUCGCAGACAGACUCAGCAACGACCCGGGGUGGAGGAACAUCACAGUCUUCCUGUCUGACGCCAGCGUUCCCGGUGAAGGCGAGCACAAGAUCAUGGACUUCAUCAGGAGACAGAGAGCUCAACCCAACCAUGAUCCCAACACACACCACUGUCUGUGUGGAGCUGAUGCUGACCUGAUCAUGCUGGGCCUGGCCACCCACGAGCCGAACUUCACCAUCAUCAGAGAGGAGUUCAAACCCAACAAACCCAGACCGUGUGCGCUCUGCGGCCAGAUGGGCCACGAGAUCAAAGACUGUCAGGGAACGGCCCGAGAGAAGCAGGGAGAGCACGAUCAGUUUGCAGACACGAUGCCGGUCGCCGAGCAAGAGUUCAUUUUCAUCAGGCUCUGCGUUCUGCGGGAGUACCUGGAGAGAGAGCUGACCAUGGCCAGCCUGCCGUUUCCCUUCGACUUCGAGCGGAGCGUCGACGACUGGGUCUUCAUGUGCUUCUUCGUCGGCAACGACUUCCUGCCACACCUACCGUCCUUAGAAAUCAGAGAGGGAGCAAUAGAUCGACUGGUCGGCAUUUACAAAGAUGUUGUACACAAAACUGGAGGUUAUCUGACACAGAACGGCUUUGUCAACCUGGAGCGCGUUGAGAUGAUCAUGCACGCUGUCGGCGUGGCCGAGGACAACAUCUUCAAAAAACGCAAAGAGGAUGACGAAAACUUCAAGAGAAGAAUGAAGGAGAAAAAGAAGAGAAUGAAAGCAGAGCAUCAGGCUCCGGCCUACCUGACCACAGGUCAGUUUGCCCCUCAGGCUCUGGGCGGCAGAGACCGACCUCAGCCCGUUCACAACGCUCGGCAUCAGGCCUUCGACAUGAGGAUGCAGAGCAGAGACCAUAACAACAGGGAGGCUGCACAGUCCCUGAAGGCCAUGAUGAGGAACGGCGGCAAUUCGUCUGCAGGGCCAAGCGACAGCUCCGACAGCAGGGGGGUGAAGAGGAAAGCAGAGGACAGCGACAGUGAGCCUGAGCCUGAAGACAACGUCAGGUUGUGGGAGGAGGGCUGGAAGCAGAGAUACUACAAGACCAAGUUCGACGUGGACGUGACCGACGAGGAUUUCAAGCGCAAGGUGGUCAAGUCGUACGUCGAGGGUCUCUGCUGGGUGCUGCGCUACUACUACCAGGGCUGCGCUUCCUGGAAGUGGUACUUCCCUUUCCACUACGCCCCGUUCGCCUCCGACUUCAAAGACAUCGUCGGCAUGUUCAGCGAGUUCGAGAAGGGGACCAAGCCGUUCAAACCUCUGGAGCAGCUGAUGGGCGUGUUUCCUGCUGCCAGCGGCAACUUCCUGCCCACCACGUGGAGGAACCUGAUGACCAGCCCCGAUUCCUCCAUCAUCGACUUCUACCCGGAUGACUUUGCCAUUGAUCUCAACGGCAAGAAGUACGCUUGGCAAGGCGUGGCGUUGUUGCCCUUCGUGGAUGAGCGUCGGCUGCGGGCGGCUCUGGAUGAUGUUUACCCAGACCUCACCUCCGAGGAAGUGAAAAGAAACAGCCUGGGAAGCGACGUGUUGUUUGUGGCGAGGUCCCACCCGCUCUGCGACUUCAUCCAGGAGCUGUACCGGGCUCAAUCUAACGAGGGCACUGAGUUCCCUGCAGAGCUGUGCCAUGGAAUCCAAGGUACAUUAAAUCUUGAUGACGACCCUAUUCUACCAGAUAAGACGGUGCCAUCUCCCGUCCCAAUGCUGCGGGAUAUUUCACAGAACAGCGCCGUAGGAGUGAAGUUCAAGGACCCGCAGUACACAGACGGCUACGUGUUCAAGGCCGUCAUCCUCCCCGGAGCCAAGAUCCCCUCUAAAGUCCUGAAACCGUCAGACUGGGAGAGGUCGGGCCAGGGGCCGUGGAGACCCCAGCUGGGCUUCAACCCCAACAGGCAGCAGGCUCACCUGAACCAGUCGGCCUUCAGGGCUCUGGGUCACAGCCUGGGCAGACCUCAGCAUGGCGGACAUGGAGGACAGUACAGCAACACGCCGCCGCCGAGCAGCUACCAACAAGGAAACUACCGGCCGCCACACAGCGGCGGACACCAGCCACCUUUCCAGCAUUCCAGGCAGAAUAGUUUGCUGGGGGCGCCUCCCCACUUCAACCCGCCCCAAUUUCCAAGGCAGCAGUACGGAGGCGGAGGCGGAGGCCACGGCUGGGAUCGCAGCAUGCAGUCGCAGCAGUCGGCCUACCAGCAAAACCUGAACCGCGGGCGGGGAGGGGGCGGGCCGGGCGGCUACCAGCAGCGCUACGACCACCGCAGGGACGACCGGCACGACCGUCACGACCGACACGAUCGCAGGGACGACCGGGGACAGCAGCAUCAGGGCUACAACUCUGGAAGAGGUUACCCUCUCCCCCCUCCUGCCAGAAGAUAUCAUUGGAAUUAAACUCAGAUUGGACUUUGGGGGCCAUUAUUUUUAGGGGAGACAUGCUUUUUUUUUCAUCGAUUGUCUACUUGUACAAUUGUAUCUUUCUUUACUUUUUAUUCCCAUGAAAAAAGUUCUUAAUGUAUUGUGAUUUUUAAGAUGAACGCCUGUAAAUCUUGUGAAAUACAAGUGAGUCAAGGAGA